CAGAUUUAUUUUUCAGUACGUCAAGGAGCGUGACAGGAUGCUCAACCUAUACUUCUUCUGCUCCAUCAUAUGCUUCUUUACAAUUUUAGUUGUCGAAUUCACCAUUACUCAUAUGAAUCUGAUGGUGGUAGGAAUUAAUCUGGCAAUCGUGUUCAUUUUAGUUGUAGUACAGCUCCUAGUCUCCGUUGAAAAUCUGAGCAAAGUGAACGUGAAUCUACGAAAUAUUUCUAAACGAAUCCACGAGAACCGAAAUCUUGCUCAAGGAAUAUCAUUCAUUAUAAUUUGCUGCGUGUACUGUGCUGCCCUUUUACCAAGUUUUUCUACUUCCAAGCUCGCAUUCUUCUGCGUCAACGUUACAACGACCGAUUUAGCUAACUCGACAAGCUACAAGCAGCAGUGCGAUUCAGCUACAUAUAUUGACCAUGUUUUAUUGUUAGUAAUAUUGUCAAUGACCACUUGCGCAGUGUAUCAAGUGCUGGUAUCGUUACUUAAGACAAUCAUACUGGUAGGAAUUGUAGGGAGCUAUUUUUUUAUUUGUAUAUACGUCGACGAAAAAUGUGGAGGUACCUUUAAGGACAAACCAGGGUCUUUGAUAGAUAAUACAAUUACAAGUCAAUACAUCAAUGUCAUUAUUUUAGUAGCAUUCGUAGUGGCGUUAAUUAUACAUGGCCAGCAAAUUGAGGCUACGUACAGGUUAGACUUUGUCUGGAAACUGCAGGCAACUGAAGAGAAAGAGGACAUGGAGAACUUGGAAGCAUACAAUAAAAAGCUCUUGGCUAACAUACUGCCAGUACAUGUAGCCGAGCACUUCUUAAACAGCGACAAUAAUGACUUUCAGGAGUUGUACCACGAACAAUGUGAUUUUGUAUGCAUCAUGUUUGCUUCCAUUCCCAAUUUUUCCGAAUUUUAUGUCGAGUUGGAGGGCAACAACGAAGGCGUUGAGUGUUUGAGGUUGCUUAACGAAAUUAUUGCAGACUUCGACGAGUUGCUGUCGGAAGAGCAGUUUCGUUACAUUGAAAAGAUUAAAUCGACUGGAGCAACCUAUAUGGCUGCGUCAGGCCUUACUCAGAACACUUGUGAUAUGAAACAAUUUCAACACGUGACUGCGAUGGCGGAUUAUGCGUUGCGUAUACGAGAACAGCUGGCUGUGGUGAAUGAGCAUUCUUUUAAUAAUUUCCGGAUACGAAUCGGAAUUAAUAUUGGACCUGUGGUUGCUGGCGUGAUUGGUGCCCGAAAACCGCAGUACGACAUAUGGGGAAAUGCCGUUAAUGUUGCCAGCCGUAUGGACAGUACUGGACUAGUUGACAAGAUACAAGUGACCAAAGAAGUCUACCAAAUAUUAAGCAAGAGGGGUUACCCGUUAACGUGCAGAGGGACCAUAGAGGUGAAAGGAAAGGGAAAUAUGGAAACAUACUUCUUGAAUGGUUAUCGGCCACCUCCGAAACCAGAUACGAACAUUAGACCAAAUCCUUUGUACGGCAUAAACGCUUUAGGCAAACACCUCCCUUUCACAAACCUUGCUGCAUCCUCAAGUAACAUACUUAGCGAUGAAUUUGUGUAACUCGUUAAACAUUCCAAAACUAAAGCCAAAGAUGUACUAGUUUACUAAUGUUAUAAUGCUCCCGACCUCCUCUUCUUAAGUUACAGUAAAUAGUUUUCUAUGUGAACAUAUUAGUUUACUA